AUGACCCUCCUUGCCUUCUUGUUCCGCCCGGGGCGACCGUCCACAGUCGGAUGGAGACCGGGGAAGAAAGAAAAGGCCACUCAUGAAGUGAGGAAACCUAAAGAACCCACACCUGCCUUACCUGCCAAGAAAGCUGGACUUGCAUCUGUUUUUAAUGAGGAUGAUGAUAGCGAGCCUGAAGAAAUGCCACCCGAGGCAAAGAUGAGAAUGAAGAAUAUUGGCAGAGAAACACCCACAUCUGCUGGACCCAAUUCCUUUAACAAAGGAAAGCAGGGAUUCUCAGACCAUCAGAAACUUUGGGAGAGGAAGCUUAAAACCCAGGCAGAUCAGUAGUGUCUGGCUGCUUUCUAGAUUGCUUUUUGGCACUGAAAUAUUUGCCCUUUUUGUCUCUUCGUUUGAUGAACAAUGUACAAAUGUAUUUAUGUAAUGAAUGUUUACGCUAUAAAGCAUCUUUUUAUUAUAGCUACUUUGAUUUUUUUUUUUUAACCACAUGGUUAAAUAAUGCCUUCCUGUGUAAGAUGCAAACCACAACAGAGAAAAUUAGAAUACUCUUUCUCGCUGUACAAUAUGGUUUGUGCCACACCGACCUCUGUUAUCAUUCUCUUAUAGUUUAAUUGUUCUCCAGAGAAGGAAUGUAGUGGCCCAAUCGUUUAGGAUUGUUUCAUCAAGACAUUGUAGUUUAUAAAGUCAUUAAUAAAU